CAACCGCCACCAACAAACCGUCGCGAUUUGGCGGGAGAAGUGGAGCCUAACGACCAGCACUACCACAACAUCUAUAAUCACAAUCUCGGCUCGAGUCAUGAUUCCCAUCGGAGCCCUGACCUCCUCCUUCUCAUUGGAGGGUCACCAGGACCUCAAGAUCCUUCAGCCCUGGUGGGACGUGUUGUGCGACAUGCUCUCCGUGCCCAUGUUCAUGAUAGGCAUCUUUGCCGGGAUGCUGCAGAACAUGAACGAGCGCAUUCUGUGUGUGCCGGUGCCGAGAGGCUUCGACGUGGAUCUGAAGGAGUGGAACGAGACCGUGCUGAGGAAGCUCGUGGCCAACCCCAGGGCCCACACGGUUGGCUUCGACCAGUACCAGUACCGGUUGAUCAACCAGUUCUGCUACGACAACGCGGUGCUGUGGAUCAGCAAAUACUUCCCGCACCUCGUCGUGCUGCACACGCUCAUCCUGACGGCCACCAGGAACUUCUGGUUCAGGUUCCCGGAGACGAGCUCCAAGAUUGAGCACUUUGUGUGCGUGCUGGGCAAGUGCAUGGAUUCGCAGUGGACCACGCACGCCGUGCACGAAGCCGCGCUGGACGGGUUGGCGUCAGCGGCGGCGGCGCUGCAGCCGCCACCGCCCGCCACGGCGGGGAGCUGCAGCGACCCGAGAUCCGACGAACUCCCCAUGGAGAAACUGCCUUCUGAGUCUCCGCCGGCACCGCCCCGGCCUUCCAUCCGAUUCGUCGACCCCGGCGAGGCCGCCCCGCCCCCCGACUGGCCCCCCCCGGAGCAGAACGAGGGCCGGCGGACGCCAUCGGAUGAUCGCAUCCUGGACAAGAAGGAGGGCGAGCAGGCCAAGGCUCUCUUCGAGAAGGUGAAGAAACUGCGUGCUCACACGGAGGCGAGCGGCGGGCUCCACAGGCUCUACGUGUGGCAGACGGGGGCCCGCUUGCUGCAGGCGCUGGUGGUGCUUGCGUACACCGGUUACGCCGGCCCCAACAUGCGCUACCACAUCCACUGCGUGGAAGACGAGUACAUCACGGGCUACGGAGACUUCUAUUGCGUCCACGGGCUGUGGCGCAUCUUCCGCAUGAUGUGGAUGGCCUACGCGACCACGAUGUGCGUCUACGCGCUCACCUGUGCCUACGUCUUCUACUGGGUGGUGACCGGCAGGCUCAAGGAGUACAGCUUCGCGGAGGCGCGCCAGGAGACAGGGGUGGACGACAUUCCGGACGUGCGCAACGACUUUGCCUUCCUCCUUCACCUAGUGGACAAGUACGACCCCUGCUACGCGUGCAAGUUCUCUGUCUUCCUGUCCGAGGUGAGCGAAAAUAAGCUGAGGCAGGUGAACGUGGAUCAAGCGUGGACCCUGUCGCAUCUGACGGAGCUGCUGGCGAUCAAUGCGCAGGGCGAAAGCGAGCUACAUCUCUCCAAGCUGGCAGCGGUGCCAGUGGACACAUACCGGCUCACUCAGAUACAGGUGCUGACGCUGGACUCGAUGCACGGGGUGACGCUGGGGGCGGCGGUGGUGCAGAUGGUGAAUCUGCACAAGCUCCGGCUGCUGAACUGCACCGUGGGCGUCGACAAUCGCGCACUCGCCUUCCUCAGCGAGGAGCUGCGCCAGCUGGAGGUGAAGUUUGCAAUCAAGGCGGAGGUCCCGGGCUGGCUGCGUGACAUGCGCCACCUGGAGGAGCUGUCCCUGGAGGGGCCCCUGACGCCGGCGCUCCUCAAGCCGCUGGGCGGCCUCAGGCGCCUGCAGGGCCUGCGCCUGACGACCAGCGUCGCCCGCCUCCCGCCCGGCCUGGCCACUGUCGCCAGCGGCGGCGGUGGCCUGCGCGCGUUCGCCCUCGACAACGGCGGCGCGCGCCUCGAGUCGCUGGCGCCCCUGAGCAAGCUGCGCGGCCUGGAGACGCUGCGGCUGACGCGUUGCGGCCUGGAGCCCGCCGAGCUUGCGCGGCCCCUGCUGGCGCUGGGACGCCUGAGCGACCUCGACCUCUCCCGCAACGGCCUCCGCUCGCCGGGCGACGGCGACGACGCGGCGAUGCUGCCGGCGGCCGCCUGCAAGCGCCUCGCCGUCCUGCGUCUCUCGGACAACGCCCUCGCGAGCGUCCCGCGCUUGGCGGCGGCGGGGGGGGCAGGCUCGCUGGCGCUGCGCUCGCUCUUCCUCGACGGGAACCUCAUCGGGGGCGAGCUGCCCGCUGGGCUGUUCCGUCUGCACGGCCUGCAGGUCCUCGACCUGAGCCGCAACGCCAUCGCCGCCCUGCCGCCCGAGGUGCGCCAGCUGACUCGGCUGAGCACCCUCCGUCUGUCGGGCAAUGCCCUGCGGAGUCUGCCUGACGAGUUGUUCCGGUGCGAGGGGUUGCGGACGCUGGCACUCGCCAACAACGAGCUGCGCGAAUUGAGCGGCCUGGUCGGGAGGCUGUCGAGGCUGCGCCGCUUGGAGCUGGUCGGGAACCGGCUGACGGAGCUGCCGGCCGAGCUGGGGGAGUGCGCGGAGCUGAGGCGCGGGGGGCUGCUGGUGGAGGAGGAGCUGUUCGAGUCGCUGCCGGCGCAGGUGAAGGAAGCGAUGCGGGGCGAGCCCAGUGGCGCGACGCAGAGCCCCCCUGGAAGCCGGGAGAGAAGUCCAAGGAACUGAGAGAGAAAUCCGAGAAAGUGAGAACCCCGAAGACACCGAGAGACUUUCACCGGCAAUUACAACCGGCAUUGUCAACUCCGACUAUACAGCAGUAGGCAGCGUCAGGGUUGGGAUCGAAGCCACGACCUCCUGUAUAACAGGUGAGGUAGGUAACAUCUCAAUUACCAAGACCUGUAUAAC